AUGGUCACUUCUGAGCACCCCCCAGUACGCUCCCCCCAACACACACCCCCAGGAUGGAGCAGAAAGAAUGCACUGGAGGCAAAGGAACAGUCAAAAAAGGAAGAAUGCAACCAGUUGGAGCUGGGACUGGGCGGUUUAUUCCCCCUCGCCUUCCCAUACGUGCGCUGGGUGCAGACAGGAAGCAGCUGGAACCAGCUCCAGAAUUUUGCAGGCGGGGUGGGUGGGGGAGAGAUGCCCGUGACCACCGGCCGUCGGGCGGUGCCGUUGGUCCCGCGGACUGACCUCACUGCCCAGGCCCGCGGAGCCCCUCCUGGGGUCACAUUCCGCGCUGGAGAGCCCCUCUCCAAGGCCUUGGAUGGCGCCAAUGUCUUUUUAGGAACCAAGGGUCUAAUUUUAGUGUCCCGGCCUUCGACACCUUCCUGA